AACGCGCGUGCAGUAGCGGUUAGUGUGAAGAUGUGGCUAUUUCUAGUCGCGGUGAUAGUGCUUCUGUUGGCGAUAAUUGUCGUUCGAGGUGGUGAAUAUUUAGCACUGUAUGGAAGAAAUGACAUCGAACGGUUUGGUGCGGUUGUUGGACUGUUUCGUAACUUUGAUCGGUUGUUCCGUACCCGGUUUGGGCCGAUCGAGAUUUUGGGCAGUUGUCACCCGGACGUGAUUCAGCAGGUUCUAUCGAACGUGGAUUGCUUGGAGAAACCAUUCUUCUACCGGUUUACCGGUCUGGAAAACGGAUUGUUGAGCGCUAAACAUCAGCUCUGGAAGAAGCAACGGAAAACGUUGAAUUCGUCGUUUAAUUUAAAAAUCCUGUACAGCUUCAUUCCAAUAUUCGAGAGCUGCUGUCGGAAAAUGAUCGAAGAUUUGAACGAGCUUGCAGCGGCCGGACCUACGGUUAAUAUCAUGAACUGUGCCUCCAAAUGUACACUGGAAAUGGUUUUCGGGACGACGAUUGGUAUAGACGUGACGAAUCAAAGCAAUGAAAAGGAAAUUCUGGGUUAUGUUGAGCGAUUAUUCAAUCUGGUAUCCCGCAGAAUGCUUACCCUUCAUCUGUAUUUCGAUUGGGUCUAUCGAUUUACCAAAGAUUACCGAGAAGACCGCAAGCUACGAACCAUUUGCAUUGAAAAAGCGAACGAGCUCAUUGACGAGCAAAAGAAACGUAUCUCCAGUCGAAAAGAUUGCAACAGAAACUGCUGCGAUGAGUUGGGCAGUGAAAGCCAUUAUAGAAAACCUCGAAUUUUCAUCGAGCAACUGCUGGAGGAAUCCAAUGAAGAGGAAGAAAAAUUUAGCGUUGAAGAAAUAUAUCACAAUGCGUACACGAUAAUAUUAGCGGGUAACGACACUUCGGCACUUUCUGUAGCUCACAGCUGCCUUUUCCUUGCCAUGUAUCCGCACAUUCAGGACAAAGUGUACGCGGAACUUCGGAACGUCUACCCGUGCGAAGAUUCUCCAAUCACACCGGACAAUCUUAAACAACUUGAAUAUAUGGAAAUGUUUAUCAAAGAAACAUUAAGACUCUGUCCCGUGGUACCGAACAUUGCAAGGCAGGCAGUGAACGAUGUUUGGAUCGAUGGCAAGCGUGUUCCGAAAGGUAGCAUAUUUGUUGUGUCUUUCUAUGCUCUUCACCGGCGUAAGGAUAUCUGGGGACCAGACGCAUACCAAUUCGAUCCGGAGAAUUUCCAUCCAGAUCGAACGAAGGGAAGGCACCCUUACGGUUAUCUACCGUUCAGCGGGGGACCUCGAAAUUGUAUAGGAUGGAGAUAUGCUAUGAUAAGCAUUAAGGUGAUGUUGAUAUAUUUGCUGCGCACCUUCAAAUUAAGUACCGACCUGCGGCAAACGGAUCUACGGUACAGGUUCGAUCUUACCUUAAAGUUGGCGUUUGAACACCUCGUUCGGCUUGAAAGGCGGUAA